AUGAGCAAUAGACUAUUCAGACUAGAUGCCGGAUAUCAGCAAUAUGAUUGGGGCAAGGUCGGUUCUUCCUCCGCUGUGGCCCAAUUCGCAUCUCGCUCUGACCCCAAUGUUGCAAUAGAUGAAUCAAAACCAUACGCUGAGCUUUGGAUGGGUACUCAUCACAAAGUUCCGUCUUUGAAUCACGAUUCGAAAAAGAACCUGCGUGACUUGAUUGCAGCGGAACCCGCCGAAAUGUUGGGUCAGGGAAAUGUCACCAAGUUCGGUUCCAAGCAGGAGCUACCAUUCUUGUUCAAGGUGCUUUCCAUCGGGAAAGUGCUGUCUAUUCAAGCGCAUCCCGACAAAGCACUAGCCAAGAAAUUGCAUAUGGAUGACCCCAAUAAUUAUCCAGAUGACAAUCACAAACCAGAAAUGGCUAUUGCGAUCACCGACUUCGAAGGAUUUUGUGGUUUCAAACCUUUGGCCGAAAUUGCAGAUGAGUUGCAACGUAUUCCAGAGUUGAGAAACGUUGUUGGCGAAGAAACUAGCAGGAAGUUCAUCAAAAAUUACACUGCCUCAGCGGAAGAGGAUUCGGCUGAAGAUAUACAAAAUAAAAAGCUUUUGCAAAGUGUUUUUGGUAAGGUCAUGAAUGCUAGUCAAGAAGUUAUCACUGCCAAUUCCAGAGCAUUGAUUCAAAGGGCUCAAAAGUCUCCAUCUGACUUCAACAAGGAAGAUUUGCCUGACUUAUUGAUCAGAUUGAACGAGCAAUUUCCCGAUGAUGUUGGAUUGUUUUGUGGUGGGUUGCUCUUGAACCACUGCUCAUUGAAGGCCGGUGAAGCCAUUUUUUUGAGAGCCAAGGAUCCUCAUGCUUAUAUCAGCGGUGAUAUCAUUGAGUGCAUGGCUGCUUCUGAUAACGUUGUAAGAGCUGGUUUCACCCCGAAGUUUAAAGAUGUAUCCAACCUCGUAGAGAUGUUGACUUAUUCCUACAACUCCGUUGAGGACCAAAAGAUGAAGUUAGAAGAGUUUCCCAGAUCUUCGGGUGGAGGAAAAUCGGUGCUUUAUAACCCACCUAUUGAAGAAUUUGCUGUUUUGGAAACAACAUUCAAGGAAGGUGCCGGUGUAAGGAGCUUUAAGGGCCUUGAUGGGCCUAGUAUUGUUAUUACCACUAAGGGUAACGGAUUUCUUCAGACUAAUGGCACAAAAUUAAAAGCUGGUCCAGGUUUCGUGUUUUUCAUCGCUCCUCACACAGAGGUAGACAUGAUAGCAGAGGACACGAAAUUCACUACCUACAGAGCUUUCGUGGAACCAAAUUAA